AGACUAGCAAUUUAGAAAUAUUUGUAAUUUAUUGAUUGUGUGCCAAUUUUGUGUGCCAACAAUCAUUUUCAAUCACACUUUUGAUUAUUUAUCACAUUUUAUGAAGGAACAACUGAAAGUGAAGGGCGUUAAGGAUGUGGUUCGAGUAUGUGAGCCCACCUACAAUACUGAACCGCUGGAGCAGGAAGGGAUCAGGGUCAUGGAUUGGUGUUUUGACGAUGGCAGCCCACCUCCUGACAAAGUUGUGGAGGAUUGGAUCCAGCUGCUAAAGUCACGCUUUAAGGAGGAGCCGGGCUGCUGUGUGGCAGUGCACUGUGUGGCCGGUCUCGGAAGGGCUCCGGUGUUGGUGGCCCUGGCACUUAUUGAAUCUGGAAUGAAGUAUGAAGAUGCUGUGGAAAUGAUUAGACAAAAGCGCCGGGGUGCUAUAAAUGCAAAGCAGCUCACCUAUCUGGAGAAAUACCGUCCCAAAUCCCGCCUUAAGGUCAAGAAUGGCAAGGAAGACAAGUGUGUGUUGCAAUGAAGUCAGUAUUUAAGCAUCACAUUGCAUGUACAGUGCCAAGCGUGUUUGCUUUUGUGUGUGAAUGUUUGGAGGACGUCAGACGUGCACAGAUUUUUGGCAGACUUGUGGCAUGCACACAUGUAUGCAGCAGAUAGAGCACUGUAAACGUGCUCUCAUGUGCCUGCAGUUGGCCAGUCGGGUGGUCAUUCAUUCAGGUUGCUAGUCGCCUGGUCAGUCAGAGUAUGAUAAGGUAGUCUGUCAAAUGCGUGUAUCAUCACCACUGUUUGUCUUUGGGUGGAUAUCCUGAAUACAGUUCAGUUCCACAUCCGUACAGAGAUGACGUGGUGCAAUUUUCGUACUUGAAGUUUAACUCGGAGAGUUCUGCAUGUGCGGGUUUAUGAAUCUGAAUUACGAUUGACAUUUGUAAAAUUACAGUAGUCAAUGACUGCAUAGCAGUUUUUUGGAAAUCUUAGGUGUCUUGUCUCAAAUGGCAGAACUGGAAGUAGCUGUAGAUAAUUUUGUAAUGAAAGGGCAAAAAAUUAUGCCCUUUAUAUUUAUAACAGUCCUUGAUUUUAAUGUAUUUUUCAAGAUGUAAAAUCAAUUUGAGAGCUAGGAAAGUUUAUUUUUAGGAAAUGCCAAUAUAAUGGUUUUUAAAUGCUUGACUGUUAUGUGGUGUCUGGCCUCUUUGCUGUCAUCGAGUAAAAGACGAACCAAAGAAUGAAGAUCGAUAAAGUAUUUUGCUUGUUUGAAGCUUUAACAAUGGCUGUACUCCCAAAUGACGAAAUGUCACUGCCUUGAGGUGCUGCAGGCAGGGAUAAAGGAAGGCUUAUCACUCAGUGUGAUAGUGCGGUUCUUAUUACAGAUUUAACACUGGAGAUGAGCUUACGUUAUUAUUAUUAUUGUUGUUGUUAUUAUUAUUAUUAUACCAUAACUUUAUUGUCGCAUUACCUUACUACCGUAUUUAUCAUGUUAGCAGGACAUUGAUAGAAAACGGCAAAAAUUGGCAGCUUCAAGGAUCCAUGUACAGAUCCAGACCACCGCAUUCUUUAUUGGCAUGGGGGGGGGGUUGUCUAUACAAGCUGAAUGGUUUAGCCAACAUUCGAAUUCCUAAGUAUGCAUUGAAAUUGGCAACACUGAUACACGGGGUUUGUAUUACAACUGUCCUGUGUUGUAAACACACAAGCUACUCCACGACAGUUGAAUUCAUUUGAAGACCAGAAUUUACCAAAAUACCAUGCUCAGAUAUCUGUAGAUUUUUUACAGGUAUCUAUGCAACUAUUCUCCUUUUCCUCUGGCCCAGUCGUCUUGCCCAGCUUUUUUUCUUAAUAUGACUUCAGGAGUAGUAAUGUUAUUGUACGCCUGAUAUGAUUUGUUAAUUAGCAGCGUUGAAAUUACAUUAGCCAAUAAUGAGAUAACCACGCUGAAAGGUUAGAAAGCAGCGCAGUGACUAUCGCACUGUAGUACACCACUGUGGGGCCACUGGUUUCAUACAACUCUAGCCAAAGUCCUAAGCAUAAUAGUGAAAUUGAUUGUUUUAAAAAGCAUUUUAUUAGUAUACUUAUCGCGUGAAUAUAUAGGUAUGGUUUUGAGGGAUCUCUCCUGCAGGGUGAAAACAGGGUAUGUGUCAUGCAGGAUUGUUUGCAGAGUAUGCGUGUUUUGUAAGUCGAGGACGGAUUGUUCGUGUAGGUACUUUGUAGCUUUUCCACCACCUGGUUAGAUUUAUGUGAGUGAAAUUCAGGGAGGGAAUUUCUUUGCGUCUUGCACAUGUUGUAAAUGUCAUUUAAUUACGCAUGUGCGAUGUACUCAUCUGGUUGUAAUGUCCUUGACAGAUACUCUCUCUUCAAAAUAGGGUACAAUAAUUAGUUGGUAAGGCCAACGAAAAUAGAAAGGCCUAUAUAGGGUGUUGUAACGAUAUGCAAUUCGUGUCAGAAUAAACGUAGCUAUAUUUCGCUAUGUAUGUUCUUUUA